ACCCUAAAGCAGGACGGAGGGACUUCUCUGACCCUCUUCUCCAGUUUGCUCGCCCCUGCCUCAGCUGCGUUGCGCUUCGCAUCCCCCCCUCCAGCUAGCCACCAUGCCGCCCAAAUUGGACCCCUCGCAGAUUGUGGAGGUCUAUGUGCGUGUCACAGGAGGAGAGGUUGGUGCUGCAUCAUCGCUUGCGCCUAAGAUUGGUCCUCUAGGUCUAUCACCAAAGAAGGUUGGUGAGGACAUCGCUAAGGAGACCGCAAGGGACUGGAAGGGUCUGCGAGUGACGGUCAAGCUCACUGUGCAAAAUCGUCAGGCCAAGGUUGCAGUUGUCCCAAGUGCUGCCGCCCUUGUAAUCAAGGCUCUAAAAGAGCCUGAGCGUGACAGGAAGAAAGUCAAGAACAUUAAGCACAACGGUAACAUUUCCCUUGACGACGUAAUUGAGAUCGCCAAGAUCAUGGCCCCUAGAUCGAUGGCCAAGGAGUUGGCUGGCACUGUGAAGGAGAUUUUGGGUACCUGCGUUUCGGUAGGUUGUACCGUAGACAACAAGGACCCUAAGGACUUGCAGACGGAAAUUGAUGAUGGUGAAGUUGAAAUUGCUGCUUGAGUUCAGUAGCAAAUGGAUUUCAACACAACAUUGCCAUGAAUAUGAUGCAUUUUUUUGCUUCAAGAAGUGUGUGGCGUCAUAGCACUGGUCUGCUUUUUUGACAGCAGUGUUAACCACUUCAAACUUCCUGAAUAUUCAAGUCUCUCCCUA